AUGUUACAUCCAAUACAAAUAAAAAAUGCUUCCUUACAAGGUUCUACAGGAAUUAUAUGUGUUAUUUCUAAUUUAAUUAUUGUAUAUAUAGCUUUAAAAUCAAAAAGAUUUUUAAGAACAUUUACCAAUUUUACUAUUUUUCAACUUUCUGUAGCAGAUUUAAUUUUUGGUUUAGGAGCAAUGAUGCGAGUUUAUAAUGAUAUUUGGCCAAUCUUAAGAAAUGUCGAUUCUUCUAUUUCGCUUGAAAUUUGCACACUUCUCUUAACACCUCAUACAUUUGGUUAUCAAUUAAGACAAUUUACUGUUAUUUUUAUAGCGCUUGACAGAUUAGCGGCUAUAAAAUGGCCUUUUGCUUUUAAAAAUACAAGUCAUACGAAAAAAAUUUUUGUUACUUUUGGAGCAUCAUUCUUAUAUGCCUCAAUAACAAUUGCAAUUGGAUGGUUAACAAGGGAACCAUUAUCUUCAAAAACACGAUGCGUUUUCAUAACAUUCAUAACAUUAUAUCUUCAGAUAUUAAGUUGGUUUGAGUCACAUAGAAGGGACAAAGAAACUGUAAAUUUUAAAAGAACAACAAUUAAUGUAAAUGAUAAUCAUAUUGUUCAAAAAUAUGUUUCUGAUUAUGCAAAGGUAAAAAAAACUAUAUCACUAGUAAUGCUUAAUUAUAUUGCUUUUUGGGCUAUACCACAAAUAGUAUUUUUAAUAUUUCUUAUAAUAUCACAAAAUAAUGAAGUAGCAUCAGAAGUAAUGGCGUAUCAAAAUUAUUUGAAUGCAUUACAUUCUUGUUUAAAUUUGAUUAUAUACCUUUCAACGUAUUCCGAAAUUAAAAGAUUAUUUUCAAAACAUAUAUUAAUGAGAGAUAUUGAUAGUUCAACGACUGGAGGUGGUAAUAUGAGAAUUCGUGUAAAUAGAACAAAAAAUACUACAAUACAAAAUUCUAAACAAACUAAUGUAACAUAA